UUUACCUAAUUUACCCGAACUACAGAGGUCAGUCGGAGAAAGGAGAGCAGAGAGAGGGGCAUGAAUUCAGAGAAGGAAGAAACAUCCGUUCCUCGACGGCGCUUAUCGUGCUCCACUUGCUUUGAUGCUCUCUGGUUUUGCUAUUCUCCUGUCCAUCAGAUGCAACAGUAUUAUCGGCUUGGUUCCCUUGAUAAUUGUUCUGAGAAAUGGAAUGCUUUUGUUGAUUGCUUAAGUCUUAAAACAAAACGAUCUUCUGAAGUGGAGGCAAUUCUAGAGACUCGUGAGAAAGCUAAGCCCCACAUCUGGUCCUUUCGGACUCCUGAGGAAGCUGCUUCCCAUUGGAAAGAACUUUUUGGACAUUUAGAUGAAAUGGAAUGACUAGUUUCCGUCUUCUAUUCCGUCUCCAAAUUUUUUGCUUCACUUGAAAUAGUAAUUUCUUAUUUAAGAUUUUGAUGGUGAAACAGAAAUAACGUUUGAUACGGAUUCUAAUUUGAUCUUAGGUUUUU